AUGUCAUCGUACCAAACAGUUAGAGCAGGUGCUAAACAAGUAGUUAAAUUACUAGAAAAGUUCCCAGAAGAACCUUUCAAAUAUUUGGUUUCAUUCAAGACUACACAAUUAGAAAGAUUCAGUCGUAUAGCUGGUCUUCCAAUUUCUCAAAAGGAUAGUUCUGAAUUAUCUAAUAAAGCUUCAAUAGAUACAAUUAAAGAUGUAGUGAACAGAACGUCUGGUCCAUUAGGUCUUCAAAAGGAUAUGUUAAAGAAGAUGCAAGCAGCUAUUCCUCACGAUCAAUUUUCAGAAACGUCCAUGAAAGAACAGGUCAAUGCCUUAUCAAAUCUAGUUGGCAACAAAUAUAAAACUUAUUAUGACGUUGGUGAUAAACUUUACAAACCAGCUGGGAACCCUGAAUAUUACCAAAGAAUUAUAGAUGACAUUCAAGGUAAAAAGAAGGAAAAUAUUCUUGAUGGGUUAAGAACUGUCUUCAUGGGCAGAUAA